AUGGCUCACCAAUCCGAUACCACCUCCUAUACUACCGUGUCCGAUUCUCACAACACGGAGUUCAGCAACCCCAACCGGGAGGAAGUUAGUGUCAACGCUACAACGUCGUCCCAUGCAAGAAGACCAAAAGAAACGGUCUCCAGAAUCUCCUCAGCUAUCGCUCUGGACAACCCAUCCAAGGAAGGAUCGAGGUAUGUGCACAAUGCCAUUGCCUCUAUGGUCACUAAGAUUCUGUCCGGGGAUCAGAAUGUUCCUGGGGUUUCUGUUCCCUUGAACACUAUCGUACCCGAUGAUGGUGAAUGUCGUGAAACUGCAGUUGUGUUAAGGGAAAAUGUGUCUAGAUUACCUGAAGAGGGUCCUAAGAAUGAUAAACUUGUAAGCAAGGUGAGAGGUGAGAAGGUAAGUGUCCCUCAAGAUGUUGAGGUCAACCCUAGAGCUGACACAGUCAACCUGGAAGAGUUCUCUGAUAACGAACUGUUGGCCUCAGUUAUCCCUAGCAUAGCCAAGAGGGUCAGGACUAGGAGAGGGAAAAAGACAGUGCUGCAAAGGUCUCCAUCCAAGGAAGUUGAUGAGACAACUUCUCCCAAGCAAACAGUGACAAAAAGUGCACGCAAAAGGAAAGGUCAUGGCCCUGCAAAAUCUUGGAGCAAAGAGGUGCCCAAGAAACUGAAGACCAAGGCUGUUGUGGUGGAGUCUGACUCGGAUGCUCCCUGUGAUGUCACAACAUCCCUGUCCAGGAAGAAGCCAACCUCUAGCAAGUUGGGUGCUAGCGUUCCAGAGGUGCCUAUAGACAAUGUAUCCUUCCACUUUGCCUAUAGUGUGAACAGAUGGAAGUAUGUCUACCACAAGAGGUUGGCCUUGGAGAGGGAACUAGCUCAGAACGCAUUGGAGUGUAAGGAGAUUGUGGAUCUUAUCAGAGAGGCAGGACUGAUGAGAACUGUGACUCAACUACCCAAAGAGACUUGCAAAGAGCUGGAGGCAAGGAAGGUUGCUUUGGAAAAGCUGAUCUUUCAAUUGGAGAUGUCUGCAGAGGAUACAGAUGGAGCUGCAAGGCAAAGCUCAGAGGGUGAGGAGGAGGCUAGUUCUGAGGAGGAGGCUGAUGAUGAGGCUGAGGAAUAA